GCCGGGUCUCAAUAGGGCUAGCGGCCCAAAUGAUCGCCAUAUUCGGAUUCAGCAUACUUGAUUACCUAUUGUCCACUAGCUCACGGCUCAAAAGCGAUUUGCCAGUUGGUGUCCUUUCCUCGUGAGUUGUUACACUACAUCAUUAAUGGAUCAUUUAUAUACAAAAGCAGAUAUGAAGAUUAUUACAAAAGGUGAAUUACUGAAAGAUGAACGUUAUAAACUGAUCAAAGAAGCUGUUCGAUCAAGAUUUCAACUUGAUGAUGCUACAAUGAAUAUAGAGUGGUCAGCACUUCAUGAAAGCGUAUUACAUAAGCAACGAAAUAGUCAAAAGAAACAACCAUAA